AUGGGGCGGUGCGGCUCGCCGGCACCCAGGCCACCGGACGCCGCCGUGCCAAGCCCCGACCGCCGCGCGCAGGGGAGGGAGGCAGGGAGCAGGAGGCCCGGCGCGGAGAGGGAGGCCCCGCUCGACUCCGCCGCCUGUAGCCGCGCUCCGCCUACCGCUGCCAUGGUCGUCGCGCCGGUGCACGAGGGCCCGGACAUGAGCCUCCGCGCCACCGCCCGCUCGCCGCGCCGCCGGCUCGCUAGCUCGCCGUGCCCGCCCCGCGCACGCGCUGCCUCCCUCCGCGGCCCGGCUCGCCGCAGCUCCUCGUGCGGGCAGCGAGCAGGGACCGGCCGGGGAGGGAGCCCACGCAGCGCCGCGCCGCCCACCCGGAGAACGUCCUGCUCCGGGGCGACGGCGAGCUCCAAGGACUGCGUGGGCACGCACGAGUACCUCACGCCGGAGCUCGUGAGCGAGAGCGGCCACGGCAACGGCGUGGACUGGUGGGCCUUCGGCGUGUUCCUGUACGAGCUCGUCUACGGCCGCACGCCCUUCAAGGGCCACACCAAGGAGGUCACGUACCCUCAGCUCGACGGCGAGGCCGACACGGCCCAGCUGCGGGACCUCGUCGGGCGGCUCCUCGAGCGCGACCCGCGCCGCCGCAUGGGCGCCGCCGAGAUCAAGCGCCACCCGUUCUUCACGGGCGUGGACUGGGCGCUGAUACGGUGUGUGGCGCCCCCCGUGGUGCCGGACAAGGAGUCCCCCGCAGGCGUGGACAGGAAGGCAGCGAAGCUCGGGAGCUGGAGCAGCAUGGGCAGCAACUGCAGCAGCAAGAAGCGCAAGAGCAGCAGCGUCAGGCACAACUAA